AUGACAAAUGUCAAUGGUGCGGGUAUAGGGUCCAAACCUGGACCCAACACUACUGCUGCUGGUGGUGGAGUAGCUGAUAGACGUUCAAACAGUGGAAAGGCUUUUGGGAUAGGCUCUUCCCAACCUGCAGCUGGUAGUAAUGCAGCGGAUGUAGGAGGAGCAAGGGGUGGAGUGGGUGUCGGAGGGGUGCAGAGCGGUGUGAGGGAUGUGGGAGGAGUAAGAGGUGGAGAGGGGGGUGUAGGAGUUGCACGGGGUGGGGUGGGUGCAGGAGCGGUUAGGGAUGGUGCUGCUGGGUCAAAGGCUCCAGUCCCAGGGGUGCCAGGGCCUGCUGCUGGUUCAUUGAAUCUAGACUUGAAGAGUCGACGGGGAUCGCAGGAAGGGGGAGAAGGAAGGGUGGUUGGUGGAGUGAAGGAGAAGGAGAAGGAGAAGGAGAAGGAGAAAGAAGAGGGGUUUGUUGGGAGGAGAGAAGGCGAUAAGAGCAGGAGGGAUGGAGCGAGGGACGGAGGGAGGUGUGGGAGAGGAGAGGCGGGUGUGAGGAAAGGUGGAGAGAAUGAAAGGAGGGACAGUGAGAGAGAAAGGAGGGACGGCGACAGGGGGAGAAGAGAAGACGAGAGGAGGGGGCGCGAGGGAGAGAGGGACAAGAGGAGAGAUGCGCCAAGAGAGGCGAUUAAGAUCGUUGAUGUUAGGGAUAUAAUAGCGUCGUCCCUGCAGGGGCGAAAUGAGAGAGACACACGAAAGGAGCAGGUUUAUGAUUUGAGGAGGGGAGAAGAGCGGAGAGAGUGGAGGAUGGAGGAGGAGGAACGGUGGGAGCUUGGAGAUAGCAGGGUGGAGGGGAGGAGAGAGAAAGGAGGGAAAGAGAAAGGGAGCGAGGAGGGUGUGGGAGGAGAGAGGGUAAGGGAGGAGGUUGGGGGAAAAGAGAGUGGAGGAGAGGACGGUGGAGGAAAAGAAAUGAGAAAUGAGGAGGGUGGGGGAAGAGAGAGAGGAAGGGAGGAAGGCAGCAGGCUUAUGCCUGGCCGAGAUAGUGGAAAAUUGAGGGGACGUUCGUUGGAGGACGAGGAAAGGGGGCGUUCUUUGGAAGGAGAAGAGAGGGGAGGGGGUGGGGAUUGGGAGAGGAGGAGAGCUCGAGACGAGGGAGAGAGGGAAGAGAGAACAGCAGGUAGAACCUCCAGAGGCAGCGAGGGGGAAAGGAGGCCGUUUGCUUCAUUCCUAGAGGGGGACAAGAGGAGUUUCCAGUCACCUCAGGAGGCAGAAAGGCGGACUUUCCAGUCACCGCAAGAGGGGGAACGGAAGAGGUACCAGUCACCUGAAGAGGGGGAUAGGAGGCCGGGAAGGGCGUGGAAUCCCAGAGAGACAGGGGGAGGGGGGGUGUUUCAGAAAGGGCAAUGGGUGGGGCGGGGAGAGGGGAGGGGGGAUAGGGAGGCAGGGGUGGGAGGGGGGAGGGGGGAUAGGGAGGCAGGGGUGGGAGGGGGGAGGGGGGAUAGGGAGGCAGGGGUGGGAGGGGGCUCAGGGGGCCAUUAUGCAGGGAGGGAGGACAGGUGGAGGAUGAGGGAAAUGGAGGAGUGGGGCUAUGGUGGUGUUAGUGGUGGUGGUGGUGGUGGUGGUGGCGGUGGUAGAAGCAGGGGACUUGGACAGGGUAGGGGUGACGGGGGUCGUGAUGGGGGCGGCAGGUGGAUGGACAGGAGAGGGGGGCGGGGAGGGCGUGGGUGGGGAGAGCGCGGCGGAGGGAGGUUUGAGGGCUCUUCGUGUACUGCUUUCCCUCAUAGCGCUAUGGCUCUGGGUGCUGCUCGUGGUAGUGCUGUGGGAAUUGGUCUUCAGGAUAGGGGCAUGGAUACUGGGACAGAGAGGGGAAGGACAGAGAGAGGAGGGGCAGAGAGGAGUGGAGAAGAGAAGGGAGGGGCGACUGGUAACUCAGUUAGUAAGAAUGAGCCGGCGUGGGAAGGCAGUUCGAUUGAAGGUACUACUGCCUUUCUAGAUGCUCCUCCUGGGUUCGGCCCUCCUGCUUUUAUUGCAGCUGCUUAUAAGAGGGCGUCAGGUGCAGAGGCCACACCACCGGAGGCAGGGGCAGGGAAGCUAGAAGGGGCAGCAGCAGCAGGUGUUGUGAGUGAACGUGGAGAAACAAUGUCGGGAGGAAAUACUUGUGCAGCAGAGGGAGGAGGAGCACACAUGGGAAUAGAGAUGCACGGAGGGACAUGUGGAGAGACGGGAGCAGGUAGGGGAGGAGCGAUGAGCGCAGGGGCGGGAGGAGAGGGGUAUGCAGUGGGGAUGGGUGCGGAGGAGUGCGAUGCGUGGUGCCUCUUGGAUGAGGCGCUGGGAGCAACAAGUGGGCCUUUCCCCUUCAGCCACGUUCAGCAGCAGUUUGCAGCAGGGGAGCUGCCGGAUCAUAUCCUGGCCUACCCGGAAGGCUCGGAUGCCGAGCCUAUCCCCCUGGCUCGGCCUACUUUCCCCCAUCUCCAUCCCCUCCCAUCAUCCCUCCCCAUGCCGUGUCCCCCUCCUCUUCCUCACUCUCCUCCUCCUCCUCUCCCUCACUCCCCUCCUCACCACCUUUACUCACCUCCUCCCAUCCUCCCGCACUCCCCUCCACCGCUCUCCUCCGCGUUGAAUCUUCUGCAGUCCUCUUCCCGAGGGUCUGAGUGGGGCAGGAGGGUUGCAGCUUUAGCAGAAGCUACCACUGCUAGGCUAGCUUUUUCUGAGGGUCGAAGGUACAAGAAGCGCGAGGAAGAGCAGGCACAAGAGAAAGAGCAGGAGAGAGGGCAAGAGGGUCAGCAUGAGCACUGGGAACAGCAGCAGCAGCAGCAGCAGCAUCUGGGAGGGGCUGAAGCUGAUUUUGAGGCGCCAGGGCCUCCUGGGUUUGAGACGUCUAGAGACUCGGUGCCUCCGGGUUUUCAUCUGAGAAGAACAGACGGGGAAGGGCAGGAAAAGGCGGGAGGGGAGAGGAGGAUGGAGGGGCGAAUUAGCUCAGGGGAAAGAGAGGAGGGAGGGAGUGUGGCGGCGCCGACGGCAAGGGAUGUGACUUUUGAGAAUUCUCAAAAGUCACUCCAAUAUACGGCGCCGGCGGCAAGGGAUGUGGAGCAGGAAGUAGGAAAGUGUGUUUUGAGUCGACUCAAAACACACCUGGCGGCGCCGGCGGCAAGGGACGUGGAGAAGGAAGUAGGAAAGUGUGUUUUGAGUCGACUCAAAACACACCUGGCGGCGCCGGCGGCAAGGGACGUGGAGCAGGAAGUAGGAAAAGAGAUGGUGAAGGCACAAGAAAAGAGAAUAGAUGUGGAGUUAUGGAGGGUUCAGGAUAGCCUAGAGCAGAGAGACAGGAGGGAGGAGGAGAGGUACGGAGCAAUAAGGGGUGAAAAGGAGGUUGAAAGGGAUGGAGGGGAAAGCAGAGAUAGAGGGAAGCGAGAGAGUAGAGGAAAGGGGGAUGAAGAAGAAGAGGAGGAGCAGAAGCGAGAUAGGAGGGGUGUUAAGUCUGAUCGCUGUGAAUUUGGUGAGGCAAUUGGAGUGGCGACAGAAACAAGGGGUGUGUGUGAGGGGAUUGAGAGUGUUAGUGAGAGUGGUGGGAAAAUGGAUAGAUUCAAGGCAGGAGCAGGGGGGGUGAGUGUGCCUGCAGCAGGAGUGAUUGUAACGGGAGGAAUUCUGACGGGGUUGCAGCUGUUGAUGGGAGGUGGGAAGGCGGGAGGAGGGGGAAUGGUGGGUGGUGGGGCGAAGGAGGAAACAGUUGAAGCAGGAGGAGGAGGAAAAGGGGACGAACUUAAAGGGGAUGGAGGAAGAAAGGGGGUGGCAGGAGAAGGAGGAGGAGGAGAAGAAGAAGAAGAAGCAGGAAGAAGAAAGGGAGGUGCGGAGGAGCAGAAGGGGAGUGUGGGGUGGGGGGCAGGGGAGGGGAGAGCUGACAGGAAUGGUGUUGGGAGUGUUGCUGGAGGUAGCGGUGAGAGUGAUGUUGAUGAUAAGGUUGAGGGAGGUAGAGUGAGAGAGAAGGGUGGAGUAGUUGAGAUGGUAGGAGCGUUAGCUGGGGAAAGAGAGAGGGGUAAAAGAGAGAAAGAUUUAGGUGGGGAAAGGGAGGAGGAUGCAGGUGAGAUGCUGCAGGAGGGAAAGGUGAAGGAGAGGUGGAUGAUAGGGAAAAGGGCGAAGGGGGCUGUUUCAGAGAGUUAUAGUGACCGUGAUGAUGAUGAUGGUGGGAGGAAGGAGAGAGGGGAAGGAGAAAGGGGAGAUGUGAAGGAAGGGGAGCAGCAGGAGAGAGAGGAGAGGGAGUGGGAGAAGGGGAGGGGAAGGAAGAGGGAAAGAGAGAAGGCAAGGGAGAGGGAAAGGGAGAGGGAGAGGGAGAGGGAGAAGGAAAGGGAGAGACAGGAGGGUGACAGUGACAGUGGGUUGGAAGAUUUACCCCUUUCAAAGAGACUGGUGCAGGGAGCGGGGGUGAAAGGGAUUUCUGCUAUAGGGGGAGGAGUAGUGAAGGGGAAGAGAGGCGGCUUUGAGAUGGGAGGAGGAGUGGAAGGGCGAAAGGGACAUGGUGAGGAGAAAAGGGCGCAAAAGGCGGAGGAAAAAGAGGAGGAAAAGGAAGGGGGACAGGAUCCCUG